AUGGCGCCGACCAAAGGCAAGCCAGCCACGCCCGCGCCGGCCGCCAAGGCCGCGACCACCAUUCCGGAGACCCUUCUCAAGAAGCGGAAGCGGGAGGAGGAGUGGGCUGCCAAGCGGGCGGCCGCCCGGCUGGAGGGGCAGAAGAAGCACAACGACAAGCAGAGGGAGGUGUUCAAGAGGGCGGAACAGUACGUCAAGGAUCACAGGGCGCAGGAGAGGGACUUGGUACGCCUUCGCCGUGCAGCCAAGGCAUCCGGUGGGUUCUACGUGGAGCCCGAGGCCAAGCUGGCUUUCGUGAUAAGGAUAAAGGGAAUCAACAAGAUGCAUCCAAAGACCCAGAAGAUCCUGCAGCUGCUGCGACUCCGGCAACUCUACAAUGGCGUGUUCAUCAAGAUCAACAAGGCCACAGUGAAGAUGCUGCGGCUGGCAGAGCCCUACAUCGCAUGGGGCUACCCAAACCUCAAGUCUGUCCACGAGCUGAUCUACAAGCGCGGCCAUGGCAAGGUGAAUGGGCAGAGGAUUCCCCUCACGAACAACGAUAUUAUUGAAAAGGCCCUUGGGGAGAAGCACAAUAUCAUUUGCAUUGAAGACCUGGUCCACGAGAUCUACAGUGUGGGCCCCGCUUUCAAGGAGGCCAACAACUUCCUGUGGCCCUUCAAGCUCCAGUGCCCACGGAAGGGCGUCUCCCACAAGAGGAGGCACUUUGUGCAGAAUGGCCAGUUCGGCAACCGUGAGGACCUCGUGAACGAUCUCAUCAGGAGAAUGAACUGA